ACGCCUGGGUCUUGGGGAAAUGGAUUAGGGUUAGGACGCUAGGAUCUCCCGGAGUGGGGUCGUUUGGGGUGCUGAUGCAUUGGUUCCGGGGGAACUGCAUUAGUGACUGAGCCUUGGGAGGGUGUACUGGUCCGAAUGAGGUUCACUAGGAUUCCCUGGAUCGCAACACACGCCACAUUCUUUUUGUGUCUUCCUCCAGGUCUCCCCUCUAUCCUCCAUGGCCCCAGCUCCGCGCCGAGGAUGAAAUUUAGCAACAAGGAAGAAAUUUAGCUGUGCAGGUGGCGUCAAUGGACUGAGAUUAAACCAAAAGACCCUCCUUUAGGUUUCUGGGUCAGCAAGAUGCUGGAGCGAGAUGCAGAGUCCGCGGCUGAGGCCACUAAUUCUAGUCCUGCAGGCAAGGAACCAGUGACCAGAGGAGCUUCUCACCAGGGUUCAUCCAAGAAGCCCCUCCAGUCAGCUCCAGGGCCUGCUGCAUCCACAGGGGCACCGUCUCAACCCCGUCGGCGACCCCCACCCCAACGCCCACAUCGAUGCCCUGACUGUGACAAGGCCUUCUCGUACCCGUCCAAGCUGGCCACACACCGGUUGGCACAUGGUGGUGCCCGCCCCCACCCAUGCCCCGAUUGCCCCAAGGCCUUCUCCUACCCUUCCAAGCUGGCAGCCCACCGCCUCACGCACAGCGGUGCCCGCCCACACCCAUGCCCGCACUGCCCAAAGGCCUUUGGCCACCGUUCCAAGCUGGCAGCCCACCUCUGGACCCACGCGCCCGCCCGCCCCUACCCGUGUCCUGACUGCUCCAAGUCCUUCUGCUACCCCUCCAAACUGGCUGCCCACCGACACACGCACCAUGCCACAGAUGCUCGCCCCUAUCCUUGCCCACACUGCCCCAAGGCUUUUUCAUUUCCCUCAAAACUGGCCGCGCAUCGCCUAUGUCACGACCCCCCCACCGCGCCCGGUAGCCAGGCCACGGCCCGGCAUCACUGCUCCAGCUGUGGCCAGGCCUUUGGCCAGAGACGCCUCCUGCUCCUUCAUCAGCGCAGCCGUCACCACCAGGCUGAAAGUCAGGGGGAGCGGGAAUGAGCCCUCCCCUCAGCUCACUGGCCCCCUCUGCUGCCAGCUCCAGUAAAUAAAGAGGUAGUAUUUAUAAACCAAGCUCAAUGACUUGCCUCUUCUAGCUGGCAAGAAGAUUGGCCCCUCAUACUGGGCUCUAACUUAAAAGGUGGAGGAACUCUUUGCUCACCCAUUUUGGGGAGGGAAGGUGUCACCCAUGGAGUUAACUGGCCCCAAAUCAUGGACCUGGAGCUGUGGUGUGAAAGAAUUGGCUCUGGUAUUUCCCCACUGUUCAUUUGGCAAAGGUAAAAAGUCUGCUAGCAUCAUGGGUUGGUGAAGAGUGUGGGGAAAUAGACUCUCCUUAUUGUAAGUUAAAUUGGUGCCUCCAUUUUUGCCAUUUGACUGUAUCUAUAAAAUACUUAAAUGCACACUUGCUGUGUCAACUGUUCCACUGCCAGAAAUUUAUCCUAUAAAUAAACCCAAACUUGUGAACAAGGCCUAAGGGCAAGGAUGUUCACUGCAGUGUGGUGGUUGUGCCCAAAGAUCGAAAACUACCCAAAUGUUCAUCAAUCAGA